AUGUCUGGACCAAAUGGAGAUCCUAACAUCCCAAGUGACGAUGGCAUCAUUGAGGAUGAAGAUGAAUUCAACGAAGAAGGUAAUACUGGUAUGUUUCAGAUGUCAAUGUCAUGCACCAUCUGGAAGCGUCAUCUCUUCAGCUGUGACUAAGGGAUACAUGGUGUGGGUGUGGGUGUGGGUGGGUGUGUGUGUGUUCUCAUUCUCUGCUGUCUACAUAGGUAAGUCAAAAGGGUGUCUAUAUUUGUCUGUUAGGACUUGCACAUCGUCUCUGUUCUCACAUCUCUCUCGUUUGGCAGAGUAUGCAGCCAUCAACACUAUGCUGGAUCAGAUCAACUCCUGCCUGGAUGACCUGGAGGAACGCAACGACUCCCUGAAUGGCAAAUUACAUGAACUGUUGGAGUCUAACCUGCAGGCCAGGCAGGAGUUUAGAGUCCAGCUCAGCACCGCUACAGCCCCAGGAGAGGAGCAACCCUCCCCAGACAAGGAUUCUCCAGCCACUGAAGGGGAGAAGGGCGAAGAGGGAGAGUGA